ACUAGAAACCAUCAAUCAAAUCAACAAAGUGAUGAAUCCACGUGCGUACCACCCGGUACAUAUUGUGAGGGAGCUAAUACAACAACUAAGAACGAAAUUAAAAGUACCUUUCACCUUUUGGUGGACCGGCUUCAGUAUACAGAUGUUUGACCCAGUAAAAAGACGUACCACCAACUCGCGCUGCAUUUUUUUCUGCAAAUCUCUCUCAUAUUCCUGCGGUACCACUUUAUUUAAAUAAAAAUAAAAAAUGAUUAGAAGAAGACGACUUAAAACACAACUAUACCUAAUUAUAAUUUUUGCAAUUGUUAGUGGAGGAAUUUUGUACAGUAACAUCAAAUUAAAUCGUGAAACAUAUAACAGUGAUGUGAUUAAUUUUAAUCUUAAUAAUUUACCUAAAAAAGCUUUGCUAAGUGUGAGAAAUACGCCCAAUUCUAGUAGUACUACUGAAGUUUACUACGCACCAUCGAGUAGUACCAAGAAAAAGUACGUUACAAAAUCGAUGAACGAGUUGGGAAAAAUGGACGAAAUUAACAAGUACUUUUUGUUUCUAAAUUGGAUGACUGGAAGCGGUGCGGAGAUGUUGGUGUUUUUGCUGGAAAAAAUUCAGGGGAUGAAUAGUUUCAAGCAUGUGAGAUUAAAGGGCAAGCAGAUUUUGAGCAGUCAUCAGCAGGAAACGCUGAUCGAUGACAUGAACGAGAUAAGAAGGAGCAUGGCGGUACCGCUGAGCUUCGACAGGAACGUCUACUUCGUCAAUUUCACUUUCUUCGAAAGGCAGUCGCCGACUUACCUUGGCUUGGUUAGACAUCCCAUAGCCAAAGUUGUAUCGCAGAGCAUCUGGAGAAACAACACCGACAUAGCUGAAUGCUUACUCAAAAAUCAAAAUAACUGCACUUCAAAAAUCGACUCAAAGAACUUCACAAUACCCUGGUUCUGUGGAUUCGACCCCAGAUGUAUGAUUAUUAAUAGCGAUUGGGCAUUGAAACAAGCCAAAGAAAACGUUAAUAGAUUUUACCCGGUUGUAGGAGUUUUGGAACAAUUUGACAACACUCUGAAAGUCUUGGAACAUAAAUUACCUCAGUUUUUCAAAGGAGCUAAUAACAUUUUCAAUGCUACAUUAAUUGAUAUUUUCAAGAAUAAAAAAGAACCAGAGAUUUCAAAAAGUAUGGAGAACACUUUAAGAGAGCCAUUGAAAAAUGAACUGGAAUUUUAUAUAUGGAUUAAAAAAAGAUUAGAGAACCAAAUUAUGGAUAUAGAGACAUGAAAAGAAAUUCUGGAAGAUUUUUGAAGAAUAAAGACUGAUUAGUGUAAACUUUUUUACCGUUGUUCCUCGUAAUAUGUAAUUAAUUUUAAAAUUGUACAGAAUACUAGUUAAGAGAAACAUUAUACAUAUGCUUUCAGUUCCUAGUCCAAUUCAUAAGAUACAUACAAAAAACUAGCUACACUUUUACAGGGAAACACCCUUUUCUACAGGAGAUAGACGAAAACUAAUAUCGGUG